UAUUGGGAGCCUGAUGUUGAUAAAGUUAAAGCGCCCGGCGCCCUGCAGCAUGAGCCCCUCGCCGCGCCGCCUCCUCCGCCAGCAGCACCCCCGGCCCCAGCCGCCCCGCCGCCAGCGCCCCCAGCCCCGCCGGCACCCCCCGCCCUAGAGCCGCCCCCAUGAUGGACAGCCGCAUCCUGGAGCAUCCUCAUGCCCAGUUCGGGGGGAUGGUGGGUUUCCCUUACCCGCUCGGGCACCACCACGUCUACGAGCUGGCCGGGCACCAGCUGCAGUCGGCGGCCGCCUCCGUGCCCUUCUCCAUCGAUGGAUUACUGAGCGGCUCCUGCGCCGCCUCCGUGGUCAACCCGGCGCCGCUGAUCCCCUCCGGCUGCGGGGUGAGCGGGGACAGCCAGCCCUUCAAGCUCGCAGACUCGGGUGACCCGGACAAGGAAAGUCCUGGCUGUAAAAGAAGACGAACCCGCACCAAUUUUACUGGCUGGCAGCUCGAGGAGCUGGAAAAGGCGUUUAAUGAGAGCCAUUACCCGGACGUGUUUAUGCGAGAGGCUCUGGCUCUCAGGCUAGACUUGGUGGAGUCCAGAGUGCAGGUCUGGUUCCAAAACCGCCGGGCCAAAUGGAGAAAGAAAGAGAACACGAAGAAGGGCCCGGGGCGGCCGGCUCACAACUCUCACCCCACGACGUGCAGCGGGGAGCCCAUGGACCCCGAGGAGAUCGCCCGGAAGGAGCUGGAGAAGAUGGAGAAGAAGAAGAGAAAGCACGAGAAGAAGCUACUCAAAAGCCAAAGCCGCCACCCGCACUCUCCCAGCGCCCUCUCCCUCCACAGCACGCCCAGCUCCGACAGCGACAGCGGCGGCGGGGGAGGCCUCUCGCCCGCCCCGCCUGAAGCCAAACCCCGCGGGCAGCCCCCGCCGCCCCAUCCGCCGCUCCCCGCCGCCGCCGCCCCCUCCGAGCCGCCCCCCGGCACCUGCGACCAGACGGCCGAGCCCUUCUACCCCAGCCAAAGAAGCGGGAGCGGGCGGCUCCAGCGCCCGCCCGACAAGGACUGCGCGGCCGCCCCGUCGGGGGACGGCAGCGGGGGCGCGGGGGGGCCCCGCGGCGCCGGCAGCUUCCACAAGCUCAACCCGUUCAGCGUGGAGAGCCUCCUCUCCGACUCACCGCCCCGCCGCAAGGCCGCCCCGGACUUCCCCAGCCUGCCCCCCUGCGCCCCCCGCACCCUCAUCGGCAAAGGACACUUCUUGCUCUACCCCAUCACCCAGCCCCUGGGCUUCCUCGUCCCGCAGACCGCCCUCAAGGCCAGCCCGGGCCCCGAGGCCGGCCAGCCCCCCCGGGACUCCCCGCUGCCCGCCGCCAACCCCGGCCCGCCCGGCUGCGGCGCGGAGCCGGCGCCCGCGGGUGCUCAACCCGGCCCCGGCUCCACGGACACGGCGGCGACCGCGGCGGGGUCGGUGCCCCCCGCGCCGGCCGGCGCCUCGCCGCGCUCCGCGGCCGCGCACGGUGACCCGGCGGCGGCCGCCCCCGCGGAGGGCGGCAGCUUCCCCCGGCCCGAAUCGCCGGUCCGGGCGCGGGACGCCAGCACAGCCAGGGACAGAUCGGACUGCGGCCCCGCCGACGGCGAGGAGGUGGACAUGGACUGACCGGGCGG